AUGCUAGUGAAGCUCAACAAGGUCAAAAAGCACCUUUAAUUCCUCAACCUUUUACAGUUCCCCAUUCAAUAGCAAUAAGCAAUCGAAGUGCAGCAGCCAGACAUUCUAAAUUUGGUAAAAUUUGGGGUCUUGCGUGGCAAGCUGUACUAUUGGCUGUAGAAUGUGAUGAUAAUGAUAUAGAACUAUGGUUAAAACGUUUUAUUAAUCAAAAGAAGCAUCUUUUAAUACAAAAUGAAGAGCCUAAAGACAGUGAUGACAGUGAAGAUAGCAAAAAGGAAAAUAAUUCUACAAUUGAAAAUCUAGCGAUUACUAAGCAUAGGGGCAGACCUGUGACCAAAAGAUUCAAGGCUGCCACAGAAAAGCCUCGCCAUCAGCCGUAUAUAUGUCGAAGCUGUGGUAAGACUGGGCACAAUAGUGCCGGAUGUCAAAAGAAAGGUGGUUAA